AAAAAUUCAGUCAUCACUCGACCCAAACGGCAACAUUCGCUCAGACCCACUGGCUUUGUGCGCCGUCCCCACAACAUAAGAACAAAAUACAUUAACAAGCAAAGUGUUUUCGCUUAAUUCCUCACGAAAGUAACUUGCAACAGAAGCAACACCACAGAACACAGAUCAAAAUGGCGCAAACCAUACAGAUGACCCAGGAGCAGCUGCAAGAGCUCAUCGCAGCCGUGCGCGCAUCCGGAGUGAGUGGCGCCACCGGCGGUGCCGGAGGAGGUAAUGCCACGGUCAAGGGCAGCUUCGCUGCCUGCACACAUCGUUUUGACGGAACACGUGACUACGAUGAGGUCGAGGCAUUCAUUUCCAACAUUGUCACCUACAAGGAGCUGGAAAACAUUAGCGACGAGAACGCCCUGAAGGGUUUGUCGCUGUUGUUCCAAGGACUCGCCUCCACCUGGUGGCAGGGCGUGCGCAAAGAGGUUGUCACCUGGAAUGACGUCAUCGGGCUUAUCCGCGAGCACUUCUCGCCCACCAAGCCCGCUUAUCAGGUGUACAUGGAGAUCUUCCAGAAGAAGCAGGACGAUACUGAUCCCAUCGAUUCUUUCCUGGUCCACAAGCGUGCCCUGCUCGCUCAGCUGCCAGCCGAUCGCCACGACGAGGAGACCGAACUGGACUUCCUCUAUGGCCUGCUGAACAUCAAGUACCGCAAACACAUCACACGCCAGAACGUGAAGACGUUCAAGGAGCUGCUGGAGCAGGGCCGCAUCAUCGAGCACAACAACCAGGAGGACGAGGAUCUGGCGGCAACCAAGAACCAACGUGGCUCCCGCCGCACCACCCGUUGCACCUUCUGCAACUUCCGGGGUCACACGUUCGGGGCUUGUCGCAAGCGCAAGAACAACCGCGACGAGGAACACUUAGAGGAAUAAGCCACAAAACACACACAUAUAACGUGGGGUGGGGACGACGACGGAGUGACAUCAUCACCGUCAGCAGCAUUCCGCCCCACACCCCGCACACUCUAGAACUUUUCACCGCCACGCUGGCCACCGUGCGCUUUGAGAGAGUGCCAUGCCCCAACAACAGCAACAGCGAAGGAGAAGAAGAAGUUUUAAAAGUCGAGAAAGCUUUUACCCACAGCUAGUUCAACUCUUUUACUAUCGCACACACAUAAACACAAACACAGACACACUCUCAAUCAAACGGCAUGCCGGUAAGCAGAGGAAAGCUUCUAUCCCUCUCUCAACAAAAAUUCCGCUAUUUGUGUGACGAGUUUUGCUCUUUUAGCGAUUGCGGCCGAUAAUUGGUGGCCACUGCAAUCCCUUCGAGGGCAUUUCUCCGAUCAUGAAUGGCGCCGUCUCAGAACAUUCACUUUCACGCUGCCCUGCGGCUAUUUUGGCUCCGAACGCCAACUCCUGAAUUCAUCGAAUUUAUUCGAAACCAUUGAAACUACAAACUAGAACCACCAUCGAGCGCUGCCAGGCGAGGACGGCAGAGGAUCACGCAUUUCGUCUCCAGUUUUGAUGCUUUGAAUCGCAGAUGCAAUUCAUGGCCAAACGCUGGUUGGAUGUCCAAGGCGAAAGCCCUGAGCAUCUACACCUGGCUUUGGCUCUGCAUUUGUAGUUGCGACCGAAGCUCCGAAUAGAUGUUGCGGGAUCCGAUCUUGUCCCCCCCUGGUAGAGCUCAACAAACGCCGCCUUGACCUUGUGCCUGUCAGCCAAGAAGCAACGUGUAUGUGGCUUAAAUGGUGACCUCUGUAUACACCAUACUGCAGAGGCCACUGUUUUUGUCCGCUGUUUGCGUUGCUUCGGGUCUGUGCUUGGUCCUUGGUGAAGGAGGCAAAAAACCCCCCGUCCGGGUAGUGCUCACUUAGAUCCUUUUGCACGUUGCUGUCGCUGGCCCAGGGUGGCGACUCCAUGCUGGACGUGGCCUCGGCUGCGUCCUGCUUGUGGUUGCUGCCAAAGGUGAUGCUUCUGGUGCGAUAGGAGCUACAGCGGGUACGAUCCGGGCAAAACUACAAAUUUCUUUUGAAAUUUGAAACCAAAUCUUUUUUUUGACUAUGUCAAACUAUUUUUUACAUCGUACAUCGCACUACUAUGGCUCCCGAUUCGCCAUUCCUGCGGUUGGCACGCCAAAUUGUCAAAUUCGGGAUUACGGGUUCUGGGCUUUAACCCCUGCGAUUCCGCGGCAAGCAUUUAGGCACGCCAUUCCAAACACACACACACACACGCGAGCUGGGAAUCGUCGUUGUCGCGCAUCUCCGGCCGGCACCGACUCCCCCAGCUCCACAAUCUUUGAAAAACCAGACUCUUGUGCAGAAUCAAUAGGCGCGUAGUGCCAUCCAAUUAGAUAUCUCACAAUGGUGGCCAAACUUGUGGGCGCGCCAACUGCUGGAGAAUGGCCUCAAAACGCUCCACGAGACUGGCUCGCAUUCCUCGAGGGACAUGACGAAUAUUGUCAACACAAAUGAUAUUCAAUUUGUCCUAAAAGCUGGGGGCUUAUUGACGA